UCAUUUUGUGCUUAGAGGUUACUGUCGUUUAAUUACUGCUUUUAACUAACACACUAGGGAAUGAUGAUUAUGACAUCAUCAGCCUGGUGUGAUCAUUAUGACAUCAUCAGCUUAGAAGCUAUUGAACAUUGAGCCUGAAUCACAGAUCAUUAUGACAUCAUCAGUUGAGAAACUGUUAAACAGUAAGCCUGACACACAGGUCAUUUCGUGUUUAGAGGUUUAUGGUGCAACACGCAACUUUGUUGUCUGUGGAUACACCAUGUUUCUAAACAUUAAUCACAAAACUAACAAACACUCAAUCAUCAUGAUCAUCUUUAUCAUCAUAACUGGAUUGUUUUUACAUUCAACGUCAGCUGUAAAGGUGCAAUAUUUAACCCUGUUCAAACCCAAAAUGACGCUGCAGCUCGGCACCAGGAAUAUCAUACCCUGUUCAUUCCACACAAAGCGUCAGCUCAACCCUCUCAAAGUAGAGCUUGAGUGGGGCAAAAUCCCAGUGGGUAAGGACAAGUACGUCCCUCUAAUACGCCUAAAAGAAAACCAGGUGACAACGCCCUCACCUGAUCUACUGGAUCUCUACGACCUUUUCGUGUCUGAGAUUUCAAGAGGGAACUGUUCUUUGGUCAUCCGCCACACCACAACCCAAGACAGCGGCACAUACAUGGUCCGCCUGAAGGUCAAAGGAAAGCUGUUUGAGCCUGUUCCAUCAAUCAAAAUCAGAGUUAUGAAUCUGCAAACAAGGACAUCACAGGCUACAAUAUCACAUAAUAGAGGGAAUGAUGCCAGAAACCUGAAAGGAAAGAAAGAAGGAGCCAACAGCAACCACCGCUCAUAUCACUACGACCACCACUAAAAUCACUACGACCACCACUCAAAUCACUACGACACUUCCAACGACAGUAACAUCUAUAAAUGGAAGUGAUUUUAUCAGCUGGUACAUCCUCCCUAAACUCAACGGCAAUGAGACUGUAGCCCUUAUUAUAGUGCUGGUUGUUGGAGCUAUACUUACUGCAUUCUCUGUGUUGGGAGUCGUUGCAUGGGUUCUAUAUUUUAAACUUCGGAAGAAAGUGCCACUUGGUGAUGUAGAAAACCCAGUAGAAACAACUCCAAUAGCAAGCUCUAAUGGAAAGAACAAGGAAUUAACUGGUACGGAAGUUGAGAAAGCUCCUUCUGAGAAAGCAGAGAAUGAAGAGGAAUCAGAUGGGGAGGAAGAAGUUGAGGAAGAAGAAAUUGAGGAAGAAGAAAUUGAGAAAGAAGAAGUUGAGGAAGAAGAAGUUGAGGAAGAAGAAGUUGAGGAAGAAGAAGUUGAGGAACAGUAAAAAGGGGCAUUGUAUUCUGAUGGAGAGACAUUAGAAGCAUUAUCACAUAAGAAAGAUGAAAAAGACGGGUCGACUAAACAAAUCGACAUUCUUUCAUCUGUGAGAUUUUCCCUGUACUAUAUCAAUAAAUAAGUUUAAACC